AUGUCGCGUUGCCGAAUGAAGCGCCUCAGUACAGAUACCUCACCGAGAUACAUCCUAUGUAUCCAGAUAAGGUAUGGAGGCGUGGGAGGUAAAUCACGAGGUGAGGUUGUGGAAGAGGACAAGGAUACGUACCUGAGCUACCGGCUAGAAGUCAGGUACGUACUGUGCCUGAGCUCACACCAAGGUGACCAAAAUCCAUCCACCACUACUAGAAACACCAUUUUGAGCUCGUGGUCCUUUGCCCCGACAUCUUUAGGAACUUGGGCCUGGACCCCUCCGAUCACUCCCGCCACCAAGAGACCCUUUUUCCUAGCUUUCAGGGCUUCCAACUCGCGGCAGCUCGCCAGGUUCCCCUUUUCUCCUGCUCCCCAUGUUGUGCGAGAAGUGGAAACGAGGCUUUAUGCGCUUGAACCACUUGUACCAUCCAACAGCGGGCAACCUGACACGGAUGACAGCCUUUUCCCUUUCGCAGACGCGGGAUGCAGGCACGCAGGACAAGGCCACUUUCUUUUUCACCUUUGGGUCUCCAGUUUCUUGCACCCAGAUCCGGCCGUUCAACGUCUUGAGUUCAGGGUUGUCCCGAUCAAUGACCGUCUCAACCUCGACGAGGCUGGGGAUCAGUCACUACCAUUUUAUCCGUACGCUAUGAUUCCCAUCUUUGCCGAUGUGCCCGCAUUGUUCCCCUCCUGGUGCCCUACGGCAGAUUUCCAAGGUUUGCUCAAUUCCCAGGGUCUCCCUCUCAUACUCGUCAUCCAAAUGGACGACGAAUACACUGGUAUCGACCCGGACUCUCUACACGACGAAAACCCCCGUCCCAGCCGGCCCCAGCCAGUGCCGUCGAAUAAGGCUGCAGGAUUCCCAUCGCGGAGCUCCAUUCUUGGACCUGGUUCCCCGUCAUGCCCUGCUGGGCGUGGCACGCUACAUGCGCGUACCGUCAGGAACGUUACGGUGUACAAGAUAUACACCACUUUGGCCCAGUAUUAG